AUCUUUCUCAAAGUUAAUCUCAGCUGAAGAGGCCUCAUCUUCAGCUUCUUUCACCAGGUCAAAAAUGUUACCAAAGUGUUCUUUAUUCCAGGAGACUAUUUUGGAUUUGAGGUGAUUGAGUUUAUGAAAAAGGCAUCUCAUUCCUCCAUAGUAUGGGAUUUCUGCCCACCAAUCUUUGCAGAGAUUUUUGAAGGCUUUCUGGAAGGGGAACUGAAAGUAAUUGAAGAACAAUUUGACACCCACCCAACCCCAGAAAUGAGAUCUCUCAUGGAAGAAACAAAGGCUAAACUUAUUAUUGCUACCCAACAAGAGUACUCCUACUGGAAACAAAAAGCAAAUAUCAAAUGGACAAAAGAAGGAGAUGCAAACACAGCCUUUUUUCACUCCACUGUCAAAAUCAGAAGAAGCCAACAAAAGAUAAAUAGCCUCAAGUCUAAAGAUGGAAAAUGGCUCCAUAACCAUGAGGAGAUCCAUGAAGAAAUCCUCAACCACUACAAAACCCUUUUCAUGUAUAAAGAAUCCCACAAUGACAGAUUCACUGCUAAUAUUCCUAACCUUAUCACUCAGAUGGACAACAACAACCUCACCUACCUUACAGAUGAGAAUGAAGUAAAAGAGGCUGUUUGGACACUCUCAGCAGACAGUGCUGCUGGGCCUGAUGGGUUUAAUGGUCAUUUCUAUAAAACUUGUUGGGAGCAAAUCAAAGUGGACUGCACAAAAGCUGUCCAAGAGUUUUUCUUGGGGAUCCCUAUCCCCAAAAUGUGUGCCCAGACAACUAUCAUACUAAUUCCAAAGAAGGAAAACUCUCAAUCCUGUGAGGACUAUAGACCUAUUUGCUUGUCAAAUUUCUGCUGCAAUAUUUUCUCCAAAAUCCUCUCCCAAAGAUUGAGCUCCAUCCUUCCCAGAUUGAUCUCACUUGAACAAGGGGGGAUUUGUACAAGGAAGGGUGAUCCAUGACCAGACUCUGGAUCGCGAACCAUUUAAAAAAAUAUUUUCAGAGUAAUGCGGAAGUACAAUAAUGAUCAAAUCAUGACACAUUUAAAAAUCUGAUGAUCAACAUUUGCCUGCCAUCCUUGCAUCUCCUCUGACUCAAUGCCCUCCGGGAGUGGUUCAGUCAUUGUC